AUGAAACACUGUCUCAUAUCUUGGCUAUUUCUACACUUUGCUUCUUUUGUAGCCGACAUCGAGCUGGCCGAAUGGGGUCGCAGAGAAAUCGAGAUCGCCGAGAACGAGAUGCCUGGUUUAAUGAAGCUUCGUCAACAGUAUGGGGAAUCAAAACCACUUAAGGGCGCACGGAUUGCUGGUUGCCUUCACAUGACUGUACAGACAGCCGUGCUCAUUGAAACCUUGGUUUGUUUGGGUGCCAAGGUCCGAUGGUCGUCCUGCAACAUAUUCAGUACUCAGGAUCAUGCGGCUGCUGCCAUCGCCAAGACGGGUGUUCCAGUUUUUGCGUGGAAGGGUGAAUCCGAGGAGGAGUAUGUUUGGUGUAUGGAACAAACACUGGAAUUCGAAGAUGGUCCCUUGAACAUGAUUCUGGACGACGGCGGUGACCUAACAAAUCUCGUGCAUGACCGUUACCCUAAGUACCUUAGCGGCAUCAAGGGAAUUUCCGAAGAGACAACAACUGGUGUUCACAAUUUGUACAAACGCCUUGCUGCGGGCACCCUUAAGGUGACAUCUAUGAAUGUAAACGAUUCUGUCACAAAGAGUAAAUUUGACAAUCUUUACGGAUGCAGAGAAUCACUAGUGGAUGGCAUUAAACGAGCGACCGAUGUUAUGUUGGCGGGAAAAGUAGCGUUUGUGGCUGGUUAUGGUGAUGUUGGUAAGGGCUGCACCCAGGCCCUCAGGUUAUAUGGUGCGCGCGUUAUAGUGAGCGAAAUCGAUCCAAUAAACGCCCUACAGGCCGUAAUGGAGGGCUUCGAAGUUACGACAAUCGACGAAGCCUGCAAGGAGGCCAGAAUAUUCGUCACGGCUACCGGCUGCAAAAACGUCAUUCUCGGAAAACACUUUGAACAAAUGAAAGAAGACAGCAUUGUAUGCAACAUCGGACACUUUAACUACGAGGUCGAUGUGUCUUGGCUGGAUGAGAACUGCGUCGAAAAGGUCGAGGUAAAGCCACAGGUGCACCGCUACACUCUAAAGAAUGGUCGCCAUAUUAUCGUUCUAGCGGAAGGACGCCUGGUUAACCUGGGCUGUGCUCACGGUCACCCUUCUUUUGUCAUGUCGAACUCAUUUGUCAAUCAAGUUCUCGCGCAGAUCGAACUGUUUACGAAACCCGAAAAGUACCCUCUCGGCGUCCACUUCCUACCAAAGAAGCUCGACGAGGAGGUUGCAGCCGCGCAUUUAGAUCAGCUAGGCGUCAAGUUGACAAAACUUACCAAGGAACAGGCUGAAUACCUGGGUAUCAAUCCAGAUGGUCCUUUCAAGGCUGACCACUACCGCUACUGA